AUGUCAUCUGGCAAUGCCACAUCACAAGCUUUGGUUCAAUUUAAUGCCCCUAAGGAAGCUGUUGAGGUUUUUCAUGAAAAUAAAAUGACGAAUACUGAAGGAGUGAAUAAAGGCAUUUACUUUAGCUAUCCAUGCCGACGUAAAAGCUGUGCUUUAGUAAAUAUCCCAGCACUAUGUGUCAACAAAAUGAUUUCACACAUUGAAGAUGUGGAGUCUAAAAUACAGGAAAAUUUGAAAAAGUUUGAAACUUCUCUGGAAGAAUGGAGCAGAACUUCUUCCAUAAAAGACCUGAAAGAAGAUGGAAGGGUUGCUACACCAGUGAAAGAAGUCAAACCAGAAGAAUUGAGAGAUGAAAAGUAUCCAGAAUUAAAGCAGGAAAUGGAAACAUUGCUAUCAGAGGCCAUCUAUCUCAUUAAAAGUCUAGAAACUGACCGUGCUGAAGCUGAAGAAGCUUUAAAACAACAAAAAUCAAGAAAGAAAAAGAUUAACAUGAAAAUUGAUUCUUGGUCAAUCUGGAAACUUCAAGAAAUCCCGUUGGCUGUGCAGAAUGAACAUGAGGCUUUUUUGAGAGAUAUUAUAGAAUUACGAUGGCACCUUGAAGAUAAAACUCGUCGACUAAAACAUUUUGAGGAGCAAAAGAGGAAAUUAGAAGAAGCAAAUGCAAAGCUUCAAGCAGACAUAGACUACAUGAAUAAACAUCGCCCCCUACUGCUCGCAAAGCGGGACCAGGACCUUGAAGCUCUGAGGGAAUAUUAUCAGAAAAAAUUUGAGGUAAUGGAGCUAUACAAACAAAUUCAUGGAGAACUUGAAGAAGCCAUAGAAAAUCUCAAAAAAGCGAAAUUGAAUGCUAAACAAAAUAGAGAACACAUGGAAAAGGAUAUUCGUGAUGAUGAAAUAAGUAUAGAGGCCUACAAGAAAGAGAUCAAUAAACUUAACAAUCUAUGUAAUUUCUACUCCACAUCAAUACAAAACGUUAACAUUAAUAUUGAGGAGAAUGAAGAAACAGUGUCUGAAGUAUUGAGGGAAACAAAGUCAUCAAAAAAUGAAUUAGAUGCUUUAUCAAAAAUUCUCGAUGAUUUGAAAAGAGUUCAUGAUCAACUAGUCUGGAAGGGAAAAAUUUAUGAAAGUGAAUAUAUGGAAGCACUUAAUAACUUUUAUGCCACAAAAAGAGCUUGGGAUAUUAAGCUUUCUAAUAUCGCAAAAGAUUUUUCAGAUGUCUCAAUAGCAUAUUCUCGGUUGAUGGAAGAAAAUAAAAGACUUGGGAUUGAUAUUGAAAAUGUAUUAGAUUAUAUCAAUAACAGUAUAAGGAAAAAAUCAGAGUUUGAGUCUGAAAUCCAAACUUUGUUGAAGCUGAGGUCAAAAAAUGAAGAUUUUCUUAGACAACUAUACAAGGAAGCUUAUAAUAUUGGUGCUGUUUUCCACCUAACCAGAUUUAAAACAGAGGGAAUAGAACAAAAAAUAGCAGAAGUGAGAAGAAAAUUCAAGGGUAGAGAAGAAUUCUUGAAAAAACUCACUCGUGGUGAAGUGGCUAAUGGAAUGAUAAUUCAGAAAAGACUGUUUUCCCUUCAAGAAGAGUUUUCACUUGAGAAGCUGAAUCUUAGUAGAACAAAAGCAAUACAUGCCCUAGCACUGGGACAAAUCGAGAUACCUCUGCUUCAACUGGAAGAAGAGGCUAUAAAAAUCAGAACUAUCCACAAAGAGCAUGGUGAUACCCUAGAUGAUAUAAUUGGGAGGAAAGAACACGUUAAAAAAAAUGUAGAAAAAACAAAGAAAAAAUUGCGAAAAAAGGAGAAGAAAACCCAGAAUGCAUUAAUAGAAACUGAGGAAAAACGCUCAAUGAUUUUUAAAGAAUUAGAGACUACUAAAAGUAAAACGAUUAUUUAUCAUGCAAAAAUAAAUCAACUGAAUAAGGACUUAGAAGAAAAACAAAAGGAAAAGAUUGUUUUUGAUCGGACACUUGACCGUUUAAAGAACCAAUUUAUAACCUUGAGAGAGAAAAAGGAACAUGCACAAGCUGUGUUUGAUCAUCUCAUAAGUGAGAAAAAAGCCUGUGAAGAAAGAAUCUAUGAGGAAGAACAGAGAUUCAAGACCUUCUUUACCAUGAGGCAAAAAACUCUGGCAAAUAUUAAGAAAGUACAAGAUGAUUCAUUAGAAGAAAAUCUACAGCUAGCUCAAGAGUAUCAGCAAUUACAGACUAUUUUCUUAACAGUAAAGGACAAUUAUUUCAGCCUGUUUGAAAGACAGCUGUCACUUGAUGAUUCAAUUAGAGAUAUGAAACAGGUGGCAGGCUUCUCACCUAUGAAAUUCCCGAGCUCACUAGCAGUCACAUCAGAUGAACUUUCAAAUUUUCAGAUACCUUUCUGUCAGCUGCAAAGAAGGAUACACAAGGUGUGGCAGAAGCACUUCGAACUGGUGGUCCUCUACAGCCAGAUGAGGCUGGCCAAGUUCCAGAUAGACUCUCAGGAGAGCAUUCAGAAAAUAUUAACUGUGCAGGAAGAAUCUUCAAAUUUAAUACAACACAUCGUAGAUUUCUUCAAGACUUUGACAGAUGGCUCAUGUGAAAACGAUGGUUAA